AUGAACAACAGCAGUUUCAACAGCAAACAAGCAUCACCUUUACCGCCGCCUACAUCUCCGCUAGCUCAUUCAUAUGCACCCCCGCUACCACUUCCAAUUCCUCCAUCAUCUCCAGCAUUUGCCCCUCCAAUUCCAAAAGUUCCGGAAAAAGUGAGUUAUUGA